AUGGAUAAUCAAGAUACAGAUAGUCUCACAAUUCAUCCCAUUACAUUUUCGCCGGAUGUUCUAGCGCGUAUAUCGCCUGAAUUGUCGCUACAGAGGCAUUUGGCACUUGGUUUCAGGCCAUCGCUGAGAGCGUUUGAAGAAUUCAGAGACGUGCAGGUGAACGAGGAUGAACUGUCUCGUUAUGGGAAUGGGAACAAGGACAGCAAUAUAAUUGGAUCCAAUGUGUUGAAGAGUGGUGAAACAUUUGUGGUUACAACAAUCAUGGGUGGUAUUAUUGAAGAGCUCACAGCUUCGAGAGAAGACGGUAUAGAGGGUGAUCUUUUGAAACUUACUCAAGACAAUUCGGCCGUUUCAAGAUACACCUCCGUAUACCCAGUGGUGGAGGUGGAACGAGGGAGAGUUGGUGCUUGUACCGAUGAGGAAAUGGCUCUGUCGCAAAAACUGUAUAACUCGGUUUUACGUUCCAAACUGCUUCCCAAAAUGUCGUUGAAGGUGAACCCUGGUGUAAGGAUAACCGAUGAAAAGGGUGAAUUUAAAAUCAUAUAUCCUGACGAUGAUAAUACAGAGUUCUCAGAACAAUUGUUUCAACCGAAUAGGAACUGGCAGUAUUUACUCUACGCGAAAAUCGUUGUUUACAGCCGUACUGGGCCAGUGUUCCCCUUGUGUUGGAAUUCUUUAAUGUACGCAUUGCAAUCCACUAAGUUGCCUAAAGCUUUCAUCGACGAAAGGGCAAUUGAUUUGAAAAUGACUGUGAGAACCAAGGGGAGGAGUACCACCGUUAAAGAAACAUACGAUAUAUUGUGCGACCCCACAAGACAGUUCCCAUUAAAAUUACGCGAGGAAAACAUCGGGUUUGCAUCCAACUAUGGAAUCGUUGAUACUGAUCCAGAAUCUCAAUUGAAUGCCGAAGAGGGGGCGGCGGAUGGCAGCGAUGACGGAACCGUUGCAGCGGAAGCGGUGCUUCUAGCAGAUAUCGAUACUGAGUCGGAAGAAACCAGCAUAAAUACCACCAUAUCAAUUAUCAACGAUUCGAGGGGUAACAUGAAGAGUUUUACAGCACUAGGCGGGUCGGCCAAGAUAACACCUGACAUGAUCAAAAGAUCGAUAAAGUUAUCGACGCAACGAGCUUUGCACCUGAAAGAGAAAAAUAUUGUGAAAUAG